CUUGUGAAUUAAUUUUAGAUUUUGACGGUGACGAUCUAGUAGCGCAAGCAGCUAUUUUUUUUUACCGGCGGUUUUGAAACCUCUUCUACGGCUAUGACUUUUACUUUAUAUGAACUCGCGAUGCAACCAGAGAUUCAAAAUAAACUUAGGAAAGAAAUUCUUGACGCUCUCAACAAAGCUAAUGACAGUAUCACAUAUGACAUGGUAAUGUCGCUACCAUAUCUGGAUUUGGUGGUGUCCGAAACAUUGAGGUUAUAUCCGACAUUACCCUUCUUGGAGUGCAUAACAACAGAGACCUACAAGAUGCCGAAUUCCGAUCUGGUUCUCGAAAAAGGUACGCCGAUUUAUAUAUCGAUGCUCGGCAUGCAUUACGAUUCGGAAUACUUUCCCAAUCCGAAGAAAUACAAUCCAGAACGAUUCAGCGAAGAGAACAAACGUAAUAUAUCGUCAGGCGCCUAUUUCCCAUUUGGCGAAGGCCCGCGCCAAUGCAUAGGGGACCCCCUCGACUGUCUGUUUUAUCGACAAAAUUAUUAUGUUUGUACUUCUAGUUUUUCGUCGCAUUAAUUUGGCAGAAUUAAAAAUGCUUCUCUACAAUUGCAAUACGUACAUACAUACAUCAAUGAUUCGAGAAAGUUCCGAUUUCAUAUAAAAAACGAA